AUGUCGACAAUGAGUAAAGAGCAAGUUUCAGUGCAUUUUACUCCGUCAAGAGUGAAUGUCGAUAAAAUAUUGGAAAGAUUGAUGAACAUUGGGAAAUUGGGUUCUGGAUUUACAACUACUAUUGAUGAAGCGGAAAUAUCUGAUUUCAUUGCUGAAACUCUUCAAGUGUUCCAACGUCAGCCAAUGAUGAUUGAAUGUGCUCCACCUCUCACAGUUGUUGGAGAUCUUCAUGGACAGUUUGGCGAUGUCAUUCGCAUUUUCAACAAUGUCGGUUUUCCACCAUUAUCUUUUUCUCGGUGAUUACAUUGAUCGUGGACAGUUCAGCAUUGAGACAAUCAUGUUUUUGAUGUGCCUCAAAAUGAAAUUCCCAGAGAAUGUCAUUUUGUUGCGUGGGAAUCACGAAACAAGACUGAUCAAUCGCAUUUAUGGAUUUUACGAUGAUCUCAACAAGCGUUUCGGUACUCCAAGAUUGUAUGAAGACUUCACGAAAAUGUUCGAAAUGAUGCCAUUGACGGGGUUAAUCGGUAAACGGAUUCUUUGUAUGCAUGGAGGAUUGUCCUCUGAUUUGCUGAACUCUCCAAAAUUAGAUAUCUUGAACACAUUUGCUCGUCCAAUGCAUGAUCCUCCAAAUCCAUCUCUCGCCAUUGAUCUUCUUUGGUCGGACCCGGACGUUAACACAAAAGGAUUCAAGUCUAAUAUCAGAGGAUGCAGUUGCACAUUCGGACCCGAUAUUGUUGCUCAAACGUGUGAAAAGUUUGGACUUGACCUGAUUGUCCGUGCUCAUCAAGUAGUUCAAGAUGGUUAUGAAUUCUUUGCAAACCGUAAACUCGUCACACUUUUCUCGGCACCCCACUAUUGUGGUCAGUUUGACAAUGCUGCAGCUGUGAUGCAAAUCAAUUCAAAUAUGGUUUGCUCAUUCAAAUCCUACGUCCCGAAUUCCCUGGUAGAGCAGCUCCAAGUCAUGAGAAGUCGACGGCUACGAUCCUCUUGCCACCUACCUAG